ACAUCAUGGGAGUCUCAAUUAAAUCUCUGACAAUGAAGCCCUUUACUGCAUAUCCUUCUGGGUUUGUCGUAUUCCUGUUUACCUUGCUGCAGAGGAGCCAUGGACAAUGCAAAGAAGCAGCUAAAAAAUCAGAGAUGAAUUUCGGUGUAAAAUAUGAUCUUCCUAACUUCAUCGCAGAAACACAAAUUCAGAAUGUAGUUUUAUACAAGCAUCAUGUUUAUGUUGGAGCAGUCAACAAGAUUUAUGUACUAAAUGAAACUCUCCAGAACAUUUCUGUGUAUAAGACUGGGCCUGUUUUGGAGAACCCUGACUGUGUGCCAUGUGAAGACUGCAGAGAUAAAGCCAAUUUAUCUAACAGCGUAUGGAAGGAUAAUGUCAACAUGGCACUGCUCUUAGAAACUUAUUAUGAUGAUCAGCUCAUCAGCUGUGGUAGCGUGUCCGGAGGCAUCUGCCACCGUCACAUCAUUCACCCUGACAAUCCUGCUGACAUUGAAAGCGAGGUGCACUGCAUGUACUCACCCCGGGUGGAUGGAGAAGCAGAUAAUUGUCCUGACUGUGUUGUAAGCACUUUAGGAACCAAAGUUUUGGUGACCGAAAAGGACAGGUUUGUCAACUUCUUUGUUGGAAAUACUGUGACAUCUACAUUUCAACCUCCCCAUGUGCUGCAUUCUAUAUCAGUUAGAAGGUUAAAAGAAACACAGGAUGGUUUUGAAUUUCUCACAGAUCAGUCUUAUAUAGAUAUCCUUCCUCAGUUCCGUGACUCUUAUCCCAUUAGGUACGUCCAUGCCUUUGAAAAUGAUCACUUUGUGUAUUUUCUGACUGUACAGAGAGAAACUCUUGACUCACAAGCUUUUCAAACUAGAAUUAUCCGCUUCUGCACUUUAGACUCAGAGAUGCGUUCUUAUAUGGAAAUGCCUCUUGAGUGCAUUUUUACUGAAAAGCGAAGAAAGAGGUCCAUCCGAAAGGAGGUAUUCAACAUUUUGCAAGCUGCCUAUGUAAGCAAGCCUGGUGCAGCUUUAGCCCACGAAAUGGGCAUUGGGUUGAACGAUGAUAUUCUCUAUGGUGUUUUUGCGCAAAGCAAACCAGACUCUUCUGAACCAACCAAGAGAUCUGCUGUCUGCGCUGUCUCUGUGCGAACCAUCAAUGAGUUCUUCAACAAGAUUGUUGACAAGCAGAACAUGAAAUGUCUCCAGCACUUUUAUGGGAAGGAGAGUAAAUACUGCUUGAACAGGGCUUUUUCAAGAAAUGCUUCAUACUGCAGAGCACAAGAUGAUGAAUAUCGCUUAGAAGUUACGACUCCUCUGCAGAGGGUUGACUUGUUCAUGGGCCAGUUCAACAGUGUCCUGCUGACUUCGAUAUCUGUCUUCACCAAACAGAACCUUACCAUUGCUAAUCUGGGAACUUCAGAGGGCCGCUUCAUGCAGAUAGUGGUUUCCCGUUCAGAACCCACAGCUCCACAUGUCAGCUUUCAGCUAGACUCCCACCCUGUCUCUCCCCAAGUUGUUGUCAAGAAUUCAUUAGCAGAUGAUGGCUAUACCCUGGUAGUGACUGGGGAAAAGAUUCUCCCAAGCAGUGCUCCCAUAGAAGGUGGGACAAAGCUGACACUGUGUGGAUGGGACUUUGGAUUCAGCAAAAAUAAUAGAUUUGAUUUAAAAAAUACAGUAGUCCAUAUUGGAGGACAACUUUGUGCUCUGGAAGCAAAAUCUAGCAACAAAAACAAGCUUGAAUGCACAGUUCCUGCUGCAAAAAGUCCAGGUUUUAAUAUAUCCAGUAGUGUUUCUGUUGGACAUGGCAAAACACUGUUCAGUACAUUUUCGUAUGUGAAUCCUGUAAUAACAAGUAUAUCCCCCACUUAUGGCCCCAAAUCUGGAGGGACAUUGCUAACUGUAGCUGGAAAAUACCUAAGGAGUGGAAAAUCCACAAGGAUUUUUGUUGGUGAGCAACCAUGCACUUUGAAAAGUCCUCCCAGCAUACUGGCGAGCACUGUGGAGUGCUACACUCCAGCGCAGGGAAUUCCCCAGGAAUAUCGUGUGAGAAUGGAAAUCGAUGGAGCUAUUCGAGACGCGAGCAACCAUUUCACGUACAGAGAAGACCCUGUUGUUUUAAAAAUUCAUCCCUCCAAAUCUUUUCUUAGUGGUGGAAGUACAAUCACAGCUGAGGGAAUCAACUUGAACUCAGUGUGCUUUCCUCAGAUGGUGAUUACUGUACCUAAACUGGGAAUGAACUUCUCUGUGGCAUGUAGCCACCGCUCUAGCUCAGAGAUAAUCUGCUGUACAACGCCUUCACUGAAAGUUUUCAAUCUCCAACCACCCUUUGUAACCAAAGUGUUCUUUAUUUUUGAUGGUGUCAGCUCCCUGUACUUUGAUUUUGAUUAUGUAAAUAAUCCAGUAUUUAAGCAUUUUGAAAAGCCAGUGUUCAUCUCAAGAGGCAACCAAAAUGUUCUGGAAAUUAAGGGAAAUUAUAUUGAUUCAGAAGCUGUUAAAGGAGAGGUGCUAAAAGUUGGAAACAAAAGCUGCGAAAACCUCCUCCUGCAAUCAGAAUCAAUUCUGUGUACAGUUCCCAGUGAUCUCCUGAAAUCCAACAGGGAGCUAAAUAUAGAGUGGAAGCAAGAAGUUUUAUCAACAGUUAUCGGAAAAGUGCUGAUCCAGCAAGAUCAGAAUUUCACAGGACUAAUUGCUGGAGUACUUUCAACAUCAGUUUUACUUUUUAUCUUUUUGGUGUUUUUCCUUUGGAGAAGGAAGAAGAAACAAAUUAAAGAUCUGGGAAGCGACCUAGUGCGUUAUGAUGGCAGAGUGCACACUCCUCACCUGGACAGGCUGGUGAGCGCAAGGAGUGUAAGUCCAACAACAGAAAUGGUUUCAAGUGAAUCUGUAGACUACAGAUCAACUUUUCUAGAAGAUCAGUUUCCAAGCAUGUCUCAGAAUGGAUCAUGCAGACCUGCCCAGUAUCCUCACUCUGACCUCUCCCCGAUUCUGUCUAGCGGAGACUCAGAUUUAGCCAGUCCACUUCUCCAAACUAACGUCCACAUUGACAUCAGUGCCUUAAAUCCUGACCUGGUCAAAGAGGUGCAGCAUGUGGUUAUUGGUGCUGACAGCCUGAUAGUGCACUUCAGCGAAGUAAUAGGAAGAGGACAUUUUGGGUGUGUGUACCAUGGGACGUUGCUGGAUAACGAUAGCAGGAAAAUUCAUUGUGCUGUGAAGUCACUGAAUAGGAUUACAGAUCUGGAAGAAGUAGCUCAGUUUCUGAAAGAAGGAAUAAUCAUGAAAGAUUUCACUCAUCCCAAUGUUCUGUCACUCCUGGGAAUCUGUUUGCCCAACGAAGGAUCCCCGUUAGUCGUUCUUCCAUACAUGAAACAUGGAGAUCUUCGAAACUUCAUCAGGAAUGAGACUCAUAAUCCAACAGUAAAAGAUUUAAUUGGAUUUGGCCUUCAGGUCGCAAAAGGAAUGAAAUACCUUGCAAGCAAAAAGUUUGUCCAUAGAGAUUUGGCAGCAAGAAACUGUAUGUUGGAUGAAAAAUUCACUGUCAAGGUUGCUGAUUUUGGUCUUGCUAGAGAUGUCUAUGAUAAAGAAUACUACAGUGUGCACAAUAAAACAGGAGCUAAACUGCCAGUGAAAUGGAUGGCUUUAGAAAGUUUACAAACUCAAAAGUUCACAACGAAGUCAGAUGUGUGGUCCUUUGGUGUGCUGUUAUGGGAACUUAUGACACGAGGGGCACCACCUUAUCCUGAUGUAAAUUCUUUUGAUAUAACUGUUUACUUAUUGCAAGGCAGAAGGCUGCUACAACCUGAAUACUGCCCUGAUCCACUGUACGAAGUCAUGCUGAAGUGCUGGCAUCCAAAACCUGAGAUGCGCCCAGCAUUUUCUGAACUUGUUUCAAAUAUAUCAACAAUCUUCUCCACUUUUGUUGGGGAACACUACGUUCAUGUCAAUGCUACUUAUGUCAACGUGAAGUGCAUUGCUCCCUAUCCUUCUCUUUUAUCAUCACAAGACAACAUAGAUGUGGAUGUCGACACAUGACAGGAAUGUCUGAAAUAGAGGAAAAUCCAUUCUUAGUUGUAUGAACAAAAAAGCAAAACAUUUUGUCCACUAGUUUUUACUGCCUGGUCUUUGUGAGAACACUGUUGCACAUGUUUAUGUUGUUGCCCAAGUUGCACUAGUACAAGGACUAGUUUAAGGCUAUGGGAUUCUAUAAACCAUCACGGUAAUUUCCAAGUAUUUGGAUAACUGCAUCAAUUUACCAAAUGGAAAUGUGGUGUGCUACCAUACAGAGCUAGUUCCCACAAACUGUCAUUAAUGUGUGCUCAGACCCAAGAACAAAAAUUCAUCAUUAAUGCCAUGAAGGAGAAAGUAGAAUAUCAGUCAUUAUGGCUGGAAGGAUUACUACUGUGCAUGUGCUUUAGGAUAAUGAGCAGUGCAGAAAUGGUUUUCACACAAAAGGCUAAGGCAGACAAUGAGAGUUACAAGAUUUUAAAAUGUAUUUUCCUCCUACAUGGUGCAAACUUUGGAUUUUUACACUACAUCAACAAAGUUUCUAAGAACCUAGGCAGCCAAGAGAGCCAGCCUCAUGGUAAGUGUCUUAACAGAAAUCAAAAUCAAGAAAUGGUGUGCAGUAAAAUGAGUAUAGAGAAGUACGAUUGGGUAGGGAGUGGGUGAGGAAGGCCAAGGCAAAACUGGAACUAAACCUGGCAAGGGAGGCAAAGAAUAAAUGGAAGGGUUUCUACAGGUAUGUUAAUCAGAAACAGGUCAAAGAAGGUGUAACCCUCCUGAUAAACAACGCUGGCGAACAGGUAACAGCGGAUGAGGAGAAGGCUGAGGUACUUAACUUUUUUGCCUCAGUCUUCAAUGGCAACCUCUCUUUCCACACCUCUUGAGCAGAUGGAUGACAGAAUGAGGACAGGGAGAGCAAAGCCACUCCCGCUGUAACUGAAGAUAAGGUUCAUGACCACCUGGGGAACCUAAAUGUGGACAAGUCUAUGGGACCUGAUGACAUGCAUCCCAGAGUACUGAAGGAAUUGGCUGAUAUAGUUGCCAAGCCACUCUCCACGAUAUUCAAAAAAUCAUGGCAGUCAGGUGAAGUCUCAGGUUCCUGCAAAAAGGGAAACACUCUAAAAGGAAAGAAAGGACAACCCUGGGAACUACCAACCUAUCAGCCUCCCCUCUGUGCCUGGGAAGAUCAUGGAACAGGUCCUCCAAGAAGCUAUGUUAAGGCACAUGAAGGACAGAGAGGUGAUUUGAGACAGCCAGCAUGGCUUCAUCAAGGGAAAAUCCUGCCUGACCAACCUCGUGGCCUUCUAAGAUGGAGUGACUGCAUCAGUGGACAAGGGCUACAGAUGUCAUUUACCCAUAAUUCUGGAAAGCCUUUGACACAGUCCCCCACAACAUCCUUCUCUCCAAACUGGAGAGAGA